AUGUUAACAACUCACUCAAACCACCCAUUCCACUUAGUAGACUAUAGACCUUGACCAUUAACAGGAGCAAUUGGAGCAAUAGUACUAGUAUCAGGACUAGCAAAAUGAUUUCACCUAUUUAAUAUUAACUUAUUCAUAAUCGGAUUUGGAAUUACCCUACUAACCAUAAUUCAAUGAUGACGAGAUGUAGUACGAGAAGGAACAUAUCAAGGAUUACAUACAGGAUUUGUAUCAAUUGGAUUACGAUGGGGAAUAAUUUUAUUUAUCGCAUCAGAGGUGUUAUUUUUCGUUUCUUUUUUUUGAGCAUUCUUUAGAAGAAGAUUAGCACCAACAAUUGAACUAGGAAUACUAUGACCUCCAAUAGGAAUUCAACCCUUUAACCCUAUACAAAUUCCAUUACUUAAUACAGCUAUUCUUUUAGCAUCAGGAGUAACAGUAACAUGAGCACAUCAUAGUUUAAUGGAAUCUAAUCAUACUCAAGCUCUACAAGGAUUAUUCUUCACAGUGUUAUUAGGACUAUACUUUACAAUACUUCAAGCAUAUGAAUAUUGAGAAGCACCUUUUACCAUUGCAGAUGCAGUUUAUGGAUCAACAUUCUUUGUUGCAACAGGAUUCCAUGGUUUACACGUAAUUAUUGGAACAAUCUUUUUAUCAACAUGUCUACUUCGACACUCAAUAAAUCAAUUUUCACCAAGACAUCACUUUGGAUUUGAAGCAGCAGCAUGAUACUGACACUUCGUAGACGUAGUAUGAUUAUUCUUAUAUAUUUCUAUUUAUUGAUGAGGUAGAUAA